AUGAAUAAGAAAGGUGAGAUCAUGGCCUACAAGUCCAUUGGUUGGUCAGCCCGAAAGAUUGGACGACAAAUUAAGAGGUCUAAUAAAGUUGUGUCCGCAUAUCUCAACGAUCCGGAGAAUUAUGGCCACAAUUAUAGGGAUGGACGGAAACCAGUGCUUUCAGAAAGAGAGAAACGGGUGGUUUUGAAAGAUAUAACCAAACCUUCGAUGUCUUUGAAUGGCGUUAAAGUGACUAAUGGAUUAGCGCGCGCUGAGGGAACGGUAGUUCCCAUUGACCCGAUGGUUAGCACGACUUGUGUACCAAUGAAAGGAUAUCUCUACGUUAAUGUGAGGCGAAUAUUGCACUUUCUAUACAUGCAUUAUAUUCUGCUCAACGCAAACACGGGUCCGAUUCUGAGCGCACAGACAGUAUGCGAAUUCAAUAGACUGUGUUUCUGUUCAAACUAUACCUCACAGUUGUCUGAAGUGACAUGUCUUGGCGUAAACGUACGGCUUAGCGAACUGCCAAACAACGGCCACUUCUAUCGGAUCCGUAUAAUAGGCGCCCCAGACUUGGCACAGAUCGGGCGCCGAGACUUGGCUGAAGUGCGAUCGCUGUCAAGUCUGGUGCUGUCGCGGAACCGGCUCUCAGCUAUCGAUUCGCAAGCCUUCGCACAUUUUCCACACCUGUAUGUCACUCAAUGCUCUCAAAGGGCGGCGCCGAAAUCAGUUAUACACGACAACACGUUUACAGAGCUCUCGAGUCUUGAAUUUCUCGAUUUAGAUGACAAUAUGAUUAGCCGAUUAGAGGGGACGCCAUUCCCGUCCACAUUGAUUACGUUAUCGAUGUCUAACUGUCUGUUACAAGAGGUGCCCAUCGAAUCGGUGGCCAAUCUUCGCGACCUUCAGAUCCUCCAAUUGAGAGGCAAUUUGAUCCGUCACUUACCGCACAUGAAAUUCGCGACACAAAACUUACAAAUGUUAGACUUAAGCCAUAAUCUAAUUUCGACGAUUACUGACAAUGUUUUCGCUUUCUCUGCACAACAACUCAUCGAAAACCUUAAUAAUCCGCUUAAGUAUCACAAAAAACAGGAGAAGCAAAGGGAGGACAGGGAAGGCAGGGAUGGCAGGGACUGGAGUGCCAGUGCUUUAAAGUAUUCGACAGCCAAUACUGUGAACACUUCUUCUACUUCUUCUACCGUUCGUAUAAUGGAUUUGCAUUUAGACUUCAAUUUCAUUCAAUCUCUUCCGAGCGGUCUGUUUGGGCACAUGUCGUGCGAGCGGUUAUCCCUAUCUAACAAUCGUAUCGCAUCUCAAUUCAUAUCAGAGCAGGCAUUUGAUGGUCCGCUCAUCCAUGAGCUCAAAGCCUUAGAUUUAAAUUAUAAUUUAAUCGAUUCCUUUCCCAAUGCGUUAAAAAGUUUGCAAAACAUUCGCCAACUAUUGCUGAAAAAUAAUCGCAUCAACUCUUUGGACGACAACUCUUUCGCAAACUGUAGCCACAGUCUGGAAGUGUUGGAUCUGUCGAGAAACCUGAUGCGGUCGGUGCCGGCCGGGGCUCUCGCGGCCACCAAACGGCUGCUGAGACUAAGUCUUUACGAUAAUUUAAUUACUCGCGUCGAUGACAACGAUUUGGGCGUUUGGGCGCAAACACUGUUGUCAUUGAGUUUAUCGAAAAACGCCAUCAAAUAUAUCUCUGGAGACGCGUUCAGACACGCGAAGAAUUUGCGUGAAUUACGUCUCGGAGGGAAUCGCAUACUACACGCCAGCCCUUACAUCUUGACACCGAUGCUCGCCCUCGAGGUGUUAGAGCUGAGCGAUGCACUCAAUUAUGUCAACUCCGGACCAGUGGUCCAAAGCGCUGAUAUCGGUUCCCUAUCAUCACUCAAAUGGCUUCAACUGGACUACAAUGGCCUCAAACGACUGCCCUUUUCGCUGGCGAUGAAUGCGUUUAAAUCAUUAAUUCAUUGCGAUUUGGAGAGCAAUCAAAUCGCAGAGAUCUCCUCAGAGUUUGCCGGAAGCGCUAAUCUAAGUUCUGUUAUCUUAAGCCGCAAUCAACUCUCGGUAAUCAAGUCCCACACUUUCGAUGGGUUACCACUCUUAGAGAAUAUCGCACUCUAUCUCAAUCACAUUCACGCCAUUGAAAGCAAUGCAUUCAAAGAUUUGCCAAAAUUGAAAACAAUAAUCUUAUCGAAAAACUCUAUAAACCGUAUUGAAUGGAAAGCAUUCGUCAGUUUAGGGCAGAGCUCUCCAUCCCUUUCCCUAUUACUCGAUGAGAAUCGACUGAAAUGUUUCUCUGCGGACAUAUUCGGCUCAAUGGGCACUAAAGGCUUCCUAUAUAUUAAUGUAUCGCACAAUGAGAUCAAACAUUUGAGUGGAUGUACUGUCGGAGAGCCGUCCGAACAGUUAUACGCCAACAGUAAUAAUAGUGAAGAUAAUAAUAAUUAUGAUGAAAACAACAUCACUGUUGUCUCUGGUGGUGAUCAGUCUAUACAAACACUGAACGUACGUGUAUUGGAUCUAUCCUUUAACCAAAUACAAGACAUUCCCAACGCGUUCAUUGAGAUUAUGUGCCAGAGUUUACAUUCGUUACAUUUGAACCACAAUAGAGUGAUUGUAUUUCCCAUACGUUUACUGCAACUCUGCCCUCAGCUCCAGAUAUUAAUGCUGAACAAUAAUUUCAUUACUGAAACCGUGAACUUCGCUAACGAGACGGCGUUUGUCACCGAAUUGCAAGUGUUAGGUCUCCGACACAACAGAAUCCAAUCUAUAGUACAAUUUGUCCCUAUAUUCCAACGCCUCCGGAAUCUAAGAGUUUUAGAUUUGACCCACAAUUAUAUCCAAACAUUGCCCGUCAAUGGGUUCGCCGGCACCGGUAUCUCUCGCCUACACUUAUCGCACAAUCAUUUAAUUAAGUCAGAGAUGUAUAAUAUAUCGGCAAUCGAUACGGAAAAUAGCUGUUGGGGUGUCUCCGAAACGUUAACUUAUUUGGAUUUAUCGCAUAAUUACUUGACUUCAGCGCCCAUUGAAGUGAUGUCAUGCGAAAACCUAAUUGAAGUGAGUUUCGCACAUAAUCUCGUCGACGAUCUAUCGGUGCUAUCGAUGCGUUCAGUCGCUCACAAAUUCAUAAGUUUGCGUCAAAUGGAUUUCAGCCACAAUCCCAUCAAACGUAUUGACAACAAGUCAUUUAUUAUGGGCGCACAGAAUAUGAAUUGCUUGAAACUCAAUAACGCCAGUCUCACGGCUAUGCCUGUACUUCAGUGGCCACAUCUCACUCAUCUGGAAGUGUCUCAUAACGCGAUCGCCACCAUUGAUCCCCAGUCGAUGACUGUGUGCCGUGAGAUCCGUCACUUGGAUUUAUCCCAUAACCACUUGCAAGACGUGCCCCGAUAUCUGUGGAAAUAUAUGUCUAAAUUGCAUACACUUCUCAUACAAAACAAUCCGAUCGAUAUUCUGGACACUUCCAGCUUCUCUGAGCUCAAGAAUUUACGCCAUUUGGACAUAAGAGGUCUUAAUCUACAAUACAUUGACACUCGACUCCUUCACAAUCAUCGUCGAGUACAUAUCGUUUACAAGCCAGUUACCCGAAAACCCCCCAAACUCAAAGAACUCAUAAUCACUGGCAAAAACUUAAUUAAGAUACUUCCCGACGCUUUUCUCGACAAACCCGAGAAGGGUCUUUACAAUACACACGAUCUGACACUACGAGUGACGGACACUAACAUCAGUUCACUUCCGUCCGGUUUAUUGAAAUAUUUAGCAGACAUUCGCUUCAUUACCAUUGAUUUGAGGAAAAACAAACUCAAAUCGUUAAAACCAGACGUUUUUCUCGUCAGGUCUGAGAAUAAAUUGAAUAAGAAUUGGGAAUCACAGCAAAUGUUAGGCGGAAUAUUAUUAGACGAGAAUCCACUCAAUUGUGAUUGUGAUCUCAUUUGGAUCAGCGAUUGGAUGAAGAGAUUGAUCAGUGAUAUGCGAGUGGUGAACAUCGAGGCCGCACUACAGGCCCACACCAUGGCAUCCAUGAGUCAAUGCAUUUCAUACGACGAUCCCAUUCCUCACACUCUCGACAACAUAUCAUACGCUUUGCCGCAAAACGCGAGAAAAAUAUCGCUUUUAGAUCUCAGAUCUGAAGAUAUAUUUUGCGGAAACAUAUCAUUCAAAGUGACGUCAAAUGAUUUUCUAAUCAUUGAGUCGCGGGUCGGACACCGACUUGUGGUGACUCCAGGCGUGAAAGCAUUUGUGAAACUUUCGGGUCUCUUUGCCUUUCAUGGUCACCAUCAGAGUCCGCGGUCUGUCCGUCUGUUUCAUUCGCAUAUUCUGUACGUACACCUGAGCCGACUUCAAACCCAACUUCAGCUCCACUUCACUACAUCGGGAGCCCAUCCAUAG